UCUCAUUUCUUCCCCUCUAUAUAGUUAUCCACUUUAUUCAUUCUUUUUCUCCCUUCUUCCCCCCCCCCCUUGGUUCCUCUUUCACCGCCCCCCCAAUCUACUCGCCUGCACGGGCUCUGCUGCUUGUUGUCGUCAUCAUCGCUACUGAUCGCUCGCUUCCCCCGCCGUGAUGGAUUUCCAUCUGGUGCCUCGAGGGGAAGACCGUAAUUAUACCGGGUUCCUCACCAAAACCAUUGUCUAUACCGCCUCGUUGAUUGUAUUUCUGGCCUCCUUUGGUCUCACCGUGGCCUCUAUCGUCGUUCCAAAAUGGGUCACCUAUACGGAUAAAGAUCCCCAAUGGCGUUACACCUACGGCCUUCACCGUCGCUGCUCCCAUGUAACCGGUCAAUGCGAGACUUUCCCCCAGAAUGAUGAAUGCCACGGCGACAACCGCUACUUCUGCUCCAUGUGGCGCUCCGUCGGGUUUCUGAUGUCGUUUGCCAUCGUGUUGGAGGGAAUGACCGUGGUCGCGUAUUUGAUUGUCUUGUCUGGGGGGAAGCGUCUGCGCGAGUCGGGGUGGAAGAUUGUCAGUUUGUUGAUUAUUCUGUCGGCGGCGGUGCAGGCUGCUAGCAUGUCGCUUGUGGCAUAUCUCGUCGAUAAUGAAGACCGGUUUGCCAGUGGAUGGGUCUUGGAUGAGUCGUGGAUCUUCUGCACCGUGAGUUGGUGUGUGAGUCUGUUUGUCGCCGGGGUGUUGAUCCUGGCGGGUACUACGCUGCCGUCGGAGGGUGGUUAUGAGUUGAUCCCGGAUCAGAUCAACUGAUUGAGCUUGAGCUCAUGGAAGUAAAGGAUGGAUGCAACAAUAUAAUGAGGGAUAUGAUUUGAUUGGUAAUGAGUGGCGUUGGUGGAUGAUUGCAGUAUGCUUUUCAGCCUGAUGUUAUUGUUAUUGGUAUUUGAAAAUGGUGUAGUUAGCUGGUAUAGUUAACGUGAUAUAACUAAGAGAAUAUGAUACUAUGUCUAUUA